AUGGACUACGUCAGGUUUGGAGUUCUAAUUGCAGUGAUUGCGCUCUCGUCUGCUGCACCACAGGGCGGAUAUGACGAUCUUGAUGAUUACAAUAACGAUGGCGUUGUAUGUGGAACUAAAUCUUCGCCAGACAAUGGAUUAUGUGUAAAAUAUUUCGAAUGUCAACCUAAUGCUCCGUAUAUAGUCUUGUUUUCUGAAGGUGCAAAGUGUUCUUCGUACCUUGAUGUCUGCUGCCCACGAAACUCGUUAACUAGCGAUUGGAAAUUUGGC